AUGACUCCCAUGAGGACCCAGCACUCGUUGGCGGGGCAGACCUAUGCAGUGCCGCUCAUCCAGCCAGACCUGCGGCGAGAGGAGGCCAUCCAGCAGGUGGCAGAUGCCCUUCAGUACCUGCAGAAGGUCUCUGGAGACAUCUUUAGCAGGAUCUCCCAGCGAGUAGAGCUCAGCCGGAGGCAGCUGCAGGCCAUUGGGGAGAGGGUCUCCUUGGCCCAGGCCAAGAUUGAGAAGAUUAAAGGCAGCAAGAAGGCCAUCAAGGUGUUCUCCAGUGCCAAGUACCCAGCACCAGAGCGUCUGCAGGAGUAUGGUUCCAUCUUCACAGGUGCCCAGGACCCUGGCGUGCAGAGACGCCCCCGCCACAGGAUCCAGAGCAAGCACCGCCCCCUGGAUGAGUGGGCCCUGCAGGAGAAGCUGAAAUACUUCCCUGUGUGUGUGAACACCAAGCCAGAGCCUGAGGAUGAGGCCGAGGAGGGGCUCGGGGGCCUUCCCAGCAACAUCAGCUCCGUCAGCUCCUUGCUGCUGUUCAACACCACUGAGAACCUGUACGGCAAGUCGAUCUUCCUGGACCCCUGGCUGGUCUUCUUGAAGACCCACGUGAUGCUGGGGGCAGAGACAGAGGAGAAGCUGUUCGAUGCCCCUUUGUCCAUCAGCAAGAGGGAGCAGCUGGAGCAACAGGUGGAGAUGGAGGCGAACUACUUCUAUGUGCCUGACCUGGGCCAAGUGCCUGAGAUCGACGUAACAUCCUACCUGCCUGACCUGCCAGGCAUCGCUGAUGACCUCAUGUACAGUGCUGACCUGGGCCCCGGCAUCGCCCCCUCCGCCCCUGGCACCAUUCCAGAGCUGCCCACCUUCCCACACAGGGUGAACAUCACACCUUCCCACCUUUCCGUUGCAGACCCGGAAGAUGGAGUGCUGAUAGCACCCCCACCCCCACCCCCACCCCCGCCGCCUCCCCCAGCUCCAGCUGUGCUGGUCAGCGCUCCGCCACCCCCACCCCAGACCCUGGCCUCCCCAGGCCAAGGUGCCAGGGAAGAAGACCGCAGUGGUGGCUUGUCUCCAGCUACAGUCCAGGGAGCUCCCAAGGAAGUGGUGGACCCCUCCAGUGGCCGGGCCACUCUCCUGGAGUCCAUCCGCCAGGCUGGGGGCAUCGGCAAGGCCAAGCUACGCAGCGUCAAGGAGCGCAAGCUGGAGAAGAAGAAACAGAAGGAGCAGGAGCAAGUGAGAGCCACAAGCCAAGGUGGGGACCUGAUGUCGGAUCUCUUUAACAAGCUGGUCAUGAGGCGUAAAGGUAUCUCUGGUAAAGGACCUGCAACGGGGACCGGUGAGGGGCCAGGAGGAGCCUUUGCCCGAAUGUCAGACUCCAUACCGCCUCUGCCUCCCCCACAGCAGCCACCUGGAGAAGAAGAUGAGGACGACUGGGAAUCCUAG